AUGCGGUCGCAGCAGCUGCAGCAGAUGGUGGUGCACGUGUGCAUGCUGACCGCGGCCGUCGCCUCGACCGUCGGCCACGGAUCGGUCACCGCCCCGGCGUCCUCGUCCACGGACAACAACGACGACGACGGCACGUCCAGACCCGACAGGCAGGACGACAAGCGAAUAUUCUUUGACGACAUAUUCGGUUCGGUCAGCUACGAGCCCGAGGAGAAGUUACCAGUGUCCAACUGCACUUGCAAUUGUGGAGUGCCAAACCAAGAAAUCCGCAUAGUGGGCGGCCGCCCCACCGGGGUGCACAGGUACCCAUGGGUAGCGAAACUCAUGUACGAAAGCCAUUUCCACUGCGGUGGAUCACUCAUCAACAGCGAUUACGUGCUGACCGCAGCUCAUUGCGUCCGGAAAUUGAAAAAAUCCCGUAUACGUGUGGUAUUCGGUGACCACGACCAGAGCACGACGACCGACGGUGAAACGAUUACCAGGAUGGUAUCCUCGAUCGUGCGUCAUCGGAACUUUGACGUGAACUCGUACAACCACGACGUGGCUCUGUUGCGGCUGCGGAAGGCGGUACCGUUUACCAAAUCAGUGAGACCGAUAUGUUUGCCAUUAGCAACCCGCGAACCGUCCGGAAAAGUGGGAACCGUGGUCGGUUGGGGCCGCGUGUCAGAAGGUGGAAAUCUAGCGGACGUUGUGCAAGAAGUCCAAGUGCCAAUCCUGUCAUUGGCGCAGUGCAGGGCUUCAAAAUACCGACCACAGAGGAUCACCGCCAACAUGAUUUGCGCCGGAAAGGGAGUCGAGGACUCUUGUCAGGGUGACAGUGGAGGUCCCUUGUUGAUAAACAGCGAUGUCGAUGACAAGUUGGAAAUAGUUGGCAUAGUGUCUUGGGGCGUCGGCUGUGGUAGACCCGGUUACCCGGGCGUGUAUACCAGAGUUACCAAAUACCUGGAUUGGAUUCAAAAGAAUAUGCGGGACACCUGCGCUUGCGUCAGAUAG